AUGGCUGGGUUAGCCAGGGGACUGCUGGGUGUAGGCAUGGGAUGGCUGGGGUCAGGCAUGGGAUGGCUGGCGGUGAGGCAGGGGACUGGCUGGUAGCAGGAGGCUGGCGGGUGUAAGGCACUGGGCUGCUGGAGGCUUGGCCUGGGACUGGCUGGGGUUAGCAGGGGCUGGCUGGGGUUAAGGCAGGGGGACUGGCUGGGGUUAAGGCACUGGGACUGGCUGGGGUUGAGGCAGGGGGACUGGCUGGGGUUAAGCCAGGGGGACUGGCUGGGGUUAAGGCACUGGGACUGGCUGGGGUUAAGGCAGGGGGACUGGCUGGGGUUAAGCCAGGGGGACUGGCUGGGGUUAAGGCACUGGGACGGCUGGGGUUAAGGCAGGGGACUGGCUGGGGUUAAGCCAGGGGGACUGGCUGGGGUUAAGGCACUGGGACUGGCUGGGGUUAAGGCAGGGGACUGGCUGGGGUUAAGGCAGGGGGACUGGCUGGGGUUAAGGCACUGGGACUGGCUGGGGUUAAGGCACUGGGACUGGCUGGGGUUAAGGCAGGGGGACUGGCUGGGGUUAAGGCAGGGGGACUGGCUGGGGUUAAGGCAGGGGGACUGGGUUUCCAGGCCGCUGGUAGGAGACAUUAGGAGCCUCAGAUCUGUUCUCAUUACCAGCACCUCCAAGACUAUUCAACAUGCAUGUGUGUGUACUUUCACACACAUGCCUAUUUACACACAUGCCUAUUACACACAUGCCUAUUUUUCAUUGUUUUUCAGGGAAACUGUAUUUAUCCAACUUGCCUUUUAGUCAAAUACGUGUUCCUGACAUGUGUAAUAAUAUUUUUUAGGCGUGUGAUAAUGAAAUUGUCAACUAAGUGAAAGGAAUGUUUUCCAUAGGCACAAGUGGAAUACAUAAAUGGUAACUGAGGUUGUUUGAGGUGGUUAGCUGAAGGUUAUUAAUCACCAAUUGGACCUUUUGUUUUCCUCAGAAGGCUGAAAGAAGAUUUUCAGAGCAGAAUGUGUUUAUCUUUCUGAAAAUGUAAUGAUUAUCCUUGUCUCCUAUUGACAGCGUUUUUUUCUUGUCACCUUCAGGGGGAAUGCGGGAACUUCAUCCGUCUGAUUGAGCCGUGGAACCGAACCCACCUGUACGUGUGUGGAACAGGGGCAUACAACCCCAUCUGCACCUACGUGGACCGCGGACGCAGGUCCCAGGUAACCAGAGACAAGAUGUAGCCAACCAUGGUCACACUCUGACCCCUGAACUCCCCUCUUUCAGAGUCAGAUCUGUCAAUCAACCCGGGGUCAAAAAAUCUCAUUCCACUCCUUGUCUGUCCUUAUCAUGGUCUGUUCUCUCAUUGUCUUCUCCCCUUCUCCCCACAUUGAUUUGCUCUAUCCAUGGUCUGGUGAACCCAGAAAAAGGCUAAUAUUGGUGCUUUUCCAUUGAGACUUACCCCCACAUUAGUGGGCGCUAGUGUUUUAUGUUAAUGUAGCUCUAGUUUUAAUGUGUUUCCAUCAGGAGUGUGACACUAAAGACUUGGGGCGAGCAGAAUCAACAACCUCUUCAUCAUUCAAGACUGUUGCUUUGUGAGUAGGUGUUAAAGUUCACAGUUAGCCAUUGUUAUGUAAAUGCAAGCUGAAAAGUACCCAGGGCCUUGCCUUGGCGCCAAGUGAGAGCAGGUCCUCCGUAGCCAUGGCCCAGUGAGACACGGGUGCCAGCCCGCGUAGACGGAAACAGAAAAGUCUGAGCCUUUUGAGGUAAAACACUGGGGUAAAUCCUCAUUGGAAAUGCGCCAAUAGAUAAUGAGCUCUUCACAGAUGGUUAACUCUCCUUUAUUCUGGCAGUUCAUGUCACACUGUUAUAGUGACUCCUAUUGGAGAGACAGCUAACUGCCACCAUAGGAAGCUAACUGCCAGCUACAGUACUGCUGGGAAGAGAAUGUUGACAGUGUGUCUAAAACAACUGCUACUAUCUUCUCCUACUAGCGGCUGUCUCCUCUCCCCCCUCACCUGUUUAUGUGUAGUGUUCUGACCUGUCUGGGAGGCUCUGAAAGACCAUCAUUACCGAUGGAGCCUCUCAUCCAUUAUCAGACUUGUAACUCACCCCCUCCCUCCAUUCCUUCCCUCCGUUCCUACCUCUCUCCCUCAUAGACCAGCAGCCAUCAGAGCUGUAGCAGCUGCCGUCCCCUGUGCACACUUACUGUUACUAUCCCGCCUGUUUAUUCUCAACGUUUCAUUGGAGGGCUUGGGUUUCAAUGUACCGGCCAGUCAUCCCCUUGUCAUUCAUCCUCUCCCCCAAGGCCCUGCUAGCUACGUCGCUUUAACUGUAAAGGUUUUCCUUGGGUAAAAUUAGAGGUGUAAACAGAAACCAUUUGUUUGGAAGUUCUCCCAGUUGUCAUUCCCAAAAGCCUCACGCGUGUUGAGUCCUCAGACAGCUCCCAAGGUUUUCCAGAGAUUACCUCACGUCUUCACUGAGUUCACUCACUCCACUGUUCUUUUUACUUUGAGCUCCCUUUCUCCUUUUCACCCAAAUGGGUCCUCUUUUGUCUCAUAUGUAUUUUUUAUGUUGCUGAACCUUGUGUCUAUGUUUUCACUGGCAUGGCAUGGCAUGUUUUCUGUAUGUAUUUGGCAACCUAGAUAUCGGCGGAUUCGGAAACUCAUCCAGAUUGAUUUAUUCACGUAAUAUAAUCACUGAACUCUCUCUAGCAUGCUUUGCUUGACAGAGUUAUUUUUUGGGUUCUCUUCUCAUCGAUUCUCAUGGGUUGGCUGGUAGUCUAGCGGUUAAGAGAGUUGGGUCAGUAACCGAAAGGUCGCUGGUUCGACUCACCGGGCUGACUAGGUGAAAAAACUGUCUGUGCCCUUGAGCAAGGCACUUAACUCUAAUUGCUCCUGUAAGUUGCUCUGGAUAAGAGCGUCUGCUAAAUGACUGAAAUGUAAAUUCUAAAAAAUGUCAUGGAGUCCACUCUCAUUUCUUCUGUUGUGGUCAUGGUUGUUUUUCGGUCGUGGGUCUUUCUUUGAGCUUUUUCUGUUCUCCUUCUGGUCAACUCUUGGGUUGAUUUUUCCACUGAGUUUCAGUUGGUUUUGGGUUGUCCCUUCGGGUGCAGUCAAUGGGACCCUCGUGGUAAUCGCGUGGCACAUGUCCUCUUUUUUAGGCCCUCUACCUGCAGGCGCCCCAGUCCGGAGGGAGGACCAGCCGGGCGGCAGACUUCAGCACUACAGCAGGGCCUGUGGAGCCAAAGGUGGGCCUACGGCCGAGGGGUGGCUACUGUAGCAAGGGGCUGGGGUCUGGGACCUGGGCAGAGGGGAGGCUACUGUAGCAAGGGGCUGGGGUCUGGGACCUGGGCAGAGGGGAGGCUACUGUAGCAAGGGGCUGGGACCUGGGCGAGGGGAGGCUACUGUAGCAAGGGGCUGGGGUCUAGGAUCUGGGGAGGCUACUGUAGCAACGGGCUGGGGUCUGGGACCUGGGUAGAGGGGAGGCUACUGUAGCAAGGGGCUGGGCCGAGGGGAGGCUACUGUAGCAAGGGGCUGGGGUCUAGGAUCUGGGGAGGCUACUGUAGCAACGGGCUGGGGGCUGGGACCAAGGGGAGGUUAGUGUGGCAUAGGGCUGGGGUCUGGGACCUAUGGGAGGUUAGUGUGGCAUAGGGCUGGGGUCUGGGACCUAGGGGAGAUUACUGUAGCAACAGGCUGGGGUCUGGGACCUAGGGAGGCUACUGUAGCAAUGGGCUGGGGUCUGGAACCUGGGGGAGACUACUGUAGCAACGGGCUGGGGUCUGAGACCUGGGUCCUGGGUCAGGUGCCCAUCUGGUGUCUGAGAGGCCCUGUCAUCAUGUACAGCCUGUUGACAUCCAAAUUGAUGCUUCUGAUUAUGGUGUAGAAGAAAUGGGGUGUUAAAGAUAGAGAUUAUGAUGAUAUGGUCACAGUUCAAUAGUAGAAAGGUCAUAAAUUAAGUUGGUCAGUAUAACCAAGUCCUGUUCUUUACAAUCAUUAACAUCCAUGGAUAGAGUUUUGUGACCACAAAGGCCUACUUUAAAAAAGGGAUUUGACUGUACUUGGCCUACAAUUCAUCUUGGCUACUAGAAUGUUGAGAAGUAGGCUGCAUAUUAAUAUUAGCCAAAUAAUUCAAAGUCAUGCAAGAAAGACGUGGUGGAGGACAAUGGCAAGAUCCAUUCUAAUGAGUACCACAACAAGUCAUAAAAAUUACAUUUUCAUUUCUGAUUCCCCUAUAAAAUAUACUGUCAAAAUGUUGCAAUAAAUGCAUUUCUUAUAAAUGUAGAGAUCCUGAUUCACCCCAGUAUCUUGGAAAACAAAGAAUGCUUUGUAAAUGUACUGCCUUCAUGUGUCUUGGGAGCCAUUCUGGGAGGGUGCCUACAACAAGUGGACUCACAGACACCAGGGUAUAAGAACACUGUCCAACUCUAACAGCCUAGCUUCACAUUACAACAGUCUGCCUAUCUUUCAUUGUUCUUCAGGGAACUUGCCUUUUAGUCAAAUACGUGUUCCUGACAUGUGUAAUAAGACUUUUUUGCCGUGUGAUAAUUGUAAUUGUCAAUUAAGUGAAAGGAAUGUUUUCCAUAGGCAAAAAUUGAAUACAUUAUGUUUUGUCUUAGAAAGGCAAUCUGUUUAGAUUUUCCAUUACCGUGCCGGAAUCACAUCAUGUAUUUCUGAUCACAUAUUCUAAAAUGAAAGAAACAUUAUUAUUAUUAACAAACCUCAGUGGUCAAGUAAGCAACUUGACACAAAGCCAAUGUUGACACAGAUGUAAAAAAAUGUCCUCCUGGCUCGUGGACUUCAGAGCUACCCUCCACAUCCCUAACACUAGGAGCAUGGUGGAUUAGUUUUGGAUCGCUCUCUUCAUUUUUGCUCAAGCACUCGCCGAUAACUGACCUUGUGCUCAUCAUACUCCCUUGCUUAAAGCUAAUACAGGUGUGUGAGUGUGUGUUUUACAUAGACGUCUGGUUCAGCACACUAACACAGCAUUUGAGAGACCUGUGCUCAGAAACAAGGACACUUAUUUGUGUACCAAGUACCAACCUCUGCCCAUCAAGUACCAACCUCUGCCCAAAUGCAGGUUGGCAUUUAUUGGGAUGACCCAUGUACUGGAGACAGCUCUGCAGAGUGGUCACUAGCUGGCAUAGCCACAAAGUCAUAAAAUCUGAUUUUAAACCUAACCUUAACCAUAACCUUAACCACACUGCUAACAUUAUGCCUAACCCUAAUCUUAAAUUAUGACCAAAAAGCAAAUGUUUGUUUUCAUGAAUCUUUACGAUAUAUAGCAAAUGCGGACUUUGCAACCCGCCCAUCUAGUAAAAUUACUCAGCUCUGCUUCCAGGGCAAGACUCAUCCCAAUAAACAUCAACCUGCAUUCCCUAUAUAUCCUCCUUCUGUCUGUAUUUCCCUGCAAAGGGUUACAUUAUGUAAAAACUCAAUCAGUUGUAAUACACAAAUAAGCCCUGAAUCAACUCUGUGUUCUCAAUGGAAACAACAGAGUAAUUGAUGUUGUUUACAUAUUUAAUUGUUUCUGCACUGUCCUCACUUUAUCCCUACCUAUAUGUAUGUAUCUAUCUCAAUUAUCUCAUACUCCUGCACAUCGACUUGGUACUGGUACCCCGUGAAUAUAGCCAAGUUAUCAUUUAUUCCAUGUGUAAUUAUCUUUCUAUAAUUUUUCUAUUUUUCUCUCUACAUUGUUGGGAAGAUCCUGUAAGUAAGCAAUUCACUAUUAGUCUACACCUGUUGUUUUACGAAGCAUGUGACAAAUAACAUUUUAUUUGCUAUCUAUUACAGGAAUAUAUCUUCCGUUUAGAGCCAGGCAAAGUGGAUUCGGGGAAAGGCAAAUGUCCUUACGACCCUAAACUCAACAGCGUCUCAGCUUUGAUCAGUAAGUGCCUGUUCACCUCUUCUCUCUCAGGUCACUUGUUCCAUUAUUGGAAGAAUUUAGUGUCUCUUUAUUCCUCUUCCCCCCAAGGAGUCUUUGGGGUCAGUCCAACCGCUGUUGAAGUUAUUACCUACUACAGUAUCUAUGAAUGCACGAUUGGCUAGUCACACUAGAUCUUGUUCAUUCAAAUACCUUUGCCUCUUUUAAAAUAGUUUUCUCUUCAUUUGUAGUUACCCAGUGGUGACGGUAACAAUUACAUUGUUAUACUAAUCUCAUAAUCAUAAAACUAUACUACAAAGUGAAUUGCUGUAUCGAGGUUUAUUCAUCUAUGUACUGCACAGUAUAUUCACUGUAAUUCGAGGAUAAAGAGAGUAGAGAGCCUGGUUCCUCUCUAUGUUUCUUCCUAGGUUCCUGCCUUUCUAGGGAGUCUUUCCUAGCCACCUGUGCUUCUACAUCUGCAUUGCUUGCUGUUUGGGGUUUUAGGCUGGGUUUCUGUAUAGCACUUUGUGACAUCUGCUGAUGUAAAAAGGGCUUUAUAAAUACAUUUGAUUGAUUGAUUGAGUAGCAUGCAUCGGUAUGUAAGUUCUCAUAUCAGUAGGUGGUCUGGUGUUGACACCAGCUUGCAGACAGUUGGUCAGACUUGGCAGUUGACCUCUUCCUCUCUGGCAUGGCUCCACUGACCUCCCAGCCACCCAGGGUGUGUGACACUUCCCAUGACCCCGCUCUGUGACUUCCCAUGUCAUCCCACACCUAGAGCUGACCAGGGCGGAACUAACUAGCGUCCACUUACCGUAGCAACUCAGCUGCUACAUAACUGACCUACAACACAGCCAGUCAUACCACACAACACAGAUGCAAAACAAGGAAUUAUCCUCUUAUAGGGAGGCUUUUCUAUGUACCUCUCUUGACCCCAGUUUUUCUGCCAUGUUUGGUCACCUUGCCAACCCACCCCAGUGUGAAGGGGUUCGAUCUAAUGGGAUAAUAGAAGGAAAAUACUGUCUUGUCUUCAGGGAGAUCUGUCAACACUCUAAACAGGUCCCAUACUGGUGCAGCACCUGCUCACUCACACUCAGCCACAAGCAACUGGUGGCAGGCAUUUCCCAGGCCUCCAUCCCACACUGCUUACCCUGACCAGGUCCAAUGACCACAUCCCCACAUCCUGCCCCAUGUCCCCAGUGUCUGCCCUGGGAUCUCCCUCCUCGCUGUCCUGCCUGACCCUGGCUACCAGCUGGCCCUACUGUUGGUUAUGAGGAGGGGAAGGGUACCAUGUGUUCUUGCCCUACAGAAACCAGGGCCAUAUCUACAUAACAAAGGACUGUAGUCACGAAUCACCCAUGGUUUGCCUCCUGUCAACCGAUAGGUUAUUGUCUUUCUAAGAUAUUCCAUUGAUCUCUUUCUCUCUCUCUCUCUCUGAUUGACAGAUGGGGAGCUCUACGCUGGGGUCUACAUUGACUUCAUGGGGACAGACGCGUCCAUCUUCCGUACUCUAGGGAAACAGACCGCCAUGAGGACAGAUCAAUACAACUCCAAAUGGUUAAAUGGUAAUGUCUCACGUCUCAUCAUGACAGACGUCAUCUCUCUAUGGCAUUUGUCUUUGUAUUUCCAUCAUGUAUCAAUUGAUACCUCAGUCUCUACAUUCCUGUUCUGUCUCAUAGCACCUCUGCAUGACAUACUGUAUAUAUGGUCCAAGCCAUCCCCACAGUGAAGCAUGGUGGUGGCAGCAUCAUGCUGUGGGGGUGUUUUUCAUCGGCAGGGACUUGGAAACUGGUCAGAAUUGAAGGAAUGAUGGAUGGCGCUAAAUACAGGGAAAUUCUUGAGGGAAACCUGUUUCAGUCUUCCAGAGAUUUGAGACUGGGACGGAGGUUCACCUUCCAGCAGGACAGUGACCCUAAGUAUACUGCUAAAGCAACACUCAAGUGGGAAACAUUUAAAUGUCUUAGAAUGGCCUAGUCAAAGCCCAGACCUCAAUCCAAUUGAGAAUCUGUGGUAUGACAGCGGAACCCAUCCAACUUGAAGGAGCUGGAGCAGUUUUGCCUUGAAGAAUGGGCAAAAAUUCCCAGUGGCUAGAUGUGCCAAGCUUAUAGAGACAUACCCCAAGAGACUUGCAGCUGUAAUUGCUGCAAAAGGUGGCUCUACAAAGUAUUGACUUUGGGGGGUGAAUAGUUAUGCACGCUCAAGUUUUCUGUUUUUUUGUCUUAUUUCUUGUUUGUUUCACCCAAAAAAAUAUUUUGCAUCUUCAAAGUGUAGGCAUGUUGUGUAAAUCAAAUGAUGCAAACCCCCCAAAAAUCCAUUUAAAUUCCAGGUUGUAAGGCAACAAAAUAGGAAAAAUGCCAAGGGAGGUGAAUACUUUUGCAUGCCACUGUAUACCCCACCCCCAACAUGGUCUACCCCCCAUAUGAGUCUAUGUACCUCCCCACCCCCCACCCCCCACAUGGUCUACCCCCCAUAUAAGUCACCAUCCCGUAGCACUCACCACCAGGCCAAGAAGAUCAUCAGGGACCCCAGUCACCCGAGCCAACGCCUGUCCUCCCCGCUUCUCAGGCGCGGGCAGUACAGGAGCAUCAGGGCAAUAACUGGAAGACUGGCCAAUAGCUUCUACCCCCAGACCAUCAGGCUGUUCCCCCUGUCUCCCUCCUGCCCCCCAGACUUCCUACCCUUCCCCCACCCCCCAACGGACAUGUAUCAUUGUUACAACGUAAAUAUGUAUAUAUUAUUAUUUGUUAUUACUGUUUCAUUCACCUUUCACUUCCCCCCCUGUUGCUCCCCCUAUAGACAUUCCCCAACAGACUGUUGGAGCCCGGAGCAUAAGAUUUUCACUGUACCCUGCAGUUACAGCUGCAUCCCUGUACAUGUGACUAAUAAACUAAUCUAAUCUCUAACCUAAUCUAUGUACUCACCCAUCCCCCCCCCCCACAUGGUCUGCCCCCAUCUGGGUUGUGUCUGUAGCAGCAGGGAGGACAAGAUCAGUUUGAUGUGUCCAGCAGUGCCCUAAUCAGUGAGCUAUCAUGAGAAGAGAGGUUGACGCCAUAUUGUGCUCAUUCAGUGAGAUUAAUGAGAGAGAUUUGGAAUGUAGUGACAUGUUGUCAGCUUCAGGCUUCAACUGACUCUCACUAGCAUCUGUCUCAUAUUCAACUCUCUCUCCCGUUCUCUCUGUUUCUCGCUCUCUCUCACUCUCUCUCUCGCUCUCUCUCUCUCUUUCUUUCUUUCUCUCUCUUUCUUUCUCGCUUUCUCUCUCUUUCUCGCUCUCUCGCUCUCUCUUUCUCUCUCUUUUCAGAUCCCACAUUCAUCAAGGCGCACCUCAUCCCAGACAGUGCUGAGAAGAACGAUGACAAGCUCUACUUCUUCUUCCGGGAGAAGGCUUCAGAGAUGGGCCAGAGUCCCAUGGCCCAGUCCAGGAUAGGCAGGAUCUGUCUGGUAAGUGGCCACCACAACCACAUUAUCUGCAAAUGUUUUCUUACUGCAAUUGUGAGGGUUUGUCUCAUAUUGUGACCUUUGAGCCUGUGAACCCAGUACCCUGCCACUACUGAUACUGAGACAUCCACAGAGUAGAGGGGUCUCCUUGGAAACUCCCCUUAAACCAUCGCUGUAUCUCACCAUUCAACACAGUCAGACAUAAAACAACACAGCCCUGCCCCCACUUCCUCAACAGCCAAUGAGGAGUCUAAGAAAACCAAACUGAAGGGAAUGCUUGUUGUCCCCUGUGAUAAACUGUUGGAGUGGGAGAGUUUGCCUUUGGCCUCCAGUAUAUACACAUAAACACACAUACAUAUAACACUCUCAGGGUAAUGUUGAUCUAGUGAUGUAUGUAUCCAGUGGCUGCAGUGACUCAGAAUGUUGUUUAUCCAUAGAGGGGGUCAGAGGGUAACCCUGUGCUGUGUGCAAACCUUCCCCCUCUUGCUGCACGUCUCCUAUGGGACCCUUGGGACGUUGGUCCUGUCUGUCUCUGGAUCCUAAGCCACUGUCCUCAAAUCAAAUCAAAUGUAUUUAUAAAGCCCUUUUUACAUCAGCAAAUGUCACAAAGUGCUUAUACAGAAACCCAGCCUAAAACCCCAAACAGCAAGCAAUGCAGAUGUAGAAGCACGGUGGCUAGGAAAAACUGCCUAAAAAGGCAGGAACCUAGGAAGAAACCUAGAGAGGAACCAGGUUCUGAGGGGUGGCCAGUCCUCCUCUGGCUGUGCCGGGUGGAGAUUAUAAGAGUACAUGGCCAUUAAGGCCAGAUUCUCCGAUGACGGCCACUGGAAAUAACACUACUGGUGUAGAUCCACUGUACAGUGCAUUUUCCACAUUUUGUUACGUUCAGCUAUUCUAAAUAUUAAAUUGUUUUUUUCUUUAUCUCCACAUAUCCAUAUGACAAACAAAACCGGUGAACAUUUUAAUAUAAAAUCUAAAACGGAUAUAAUUAUUAAGAUUCGACCCUACAUUUUAAUUUAUCAUUAGCAGAAUCUUAUCCAGAGCGCUUCAUAGUGAUACAUACAUCUUUUUUUAAAUAAUGGCCCCCUGGGAACGAAAGCACAAAACAGGCAUUUGCAAACAGCAUGCUUUACAUUGGCAAUCCUCCGUCAUUCCUCCCUACCUGGACGGCUGAGAUAUGCGCGCCCCAUGGUUCCGGUCACGGAUCUCAGGCCAGAUCUCUAGUGGCAAGUAAUUAAGUUCUAGACCACUGCCACUCGGAACACACGACCUGUACCAGUACUUUGUUGAAGCACCUUUGGCAGCGAUUACAGCCUCGAGUCUUCUAGGGUAUGACGAUACAAGCUUGGCACACUUAUAUUUGGGGAGCUUCUCCAAUUCUUCUCUGCAGAUCCUCUCAAGCUCUGUCAGGUUGGAUGGGGAGCGUCCCUGCACAGCUAUCGGGUUCAAGUCCGGGCUCUGGCUGGGCCACUCAAGGACAAUCAGAGACUUGUCCUGAAGCCACUCCUGCGUUGUCUUGGCUGUGUGCUUAGUGUCAUUGUCCUGUUGGAAGGUGAACCUUCACCACAGUCUGAGGUCCUGAGCUUGGAGCAGGUUUUCAUCAAGGUUCUCUCUGUACUUUGCUACAAAACAAUGGAAUAUUCUAACCUUUGCAUGAUGUUCAGUAGUAUAUUACUCCAAUAUAAAUUGUGGCAUAAAUACCAUUCUCUGAUUUUUCACUUGAACAUUUCGUGUUGUACUUGUCUAUCAGACCCCUGUUUUCUCUUUUCAAUGAGUUUCGAAGACAUUUCGUAAUGUUUUGCAAGGAUUUCUGGGCUGUGAAUAAUUUUCACUGGGCUUCACCUCCCUCCCCACCUCUCUGUAGGGGCAGGCGUCUGUCCACAACAGAUGGGGCAGACAGACUGACCCACAGAUCUGAUGUUUUCACUCUCAGCUAGUGUUGGCUGCUAGUUGUCUGUAUCUAACAGCUGUUGGUUUGAAUCUGUGGACCAGCCCACUUGUGGUGUUUGUGUAGGGGUCAGGUGUGAGUGCCUUUUGUCCCCCCCCCCCCUGCAGAAUGAUGAUGGUGGACACUGCUGUCUGGUCAACAAGUGGAGCACUUUCCUGAAGGCCAGACUCAUCUGCUCUGUGCCUGGAGUGGACGGCAUAGAGACCCACUUCGAUGAGCUC